AUGUCGACUUCCGCUAUCCAGACUGACCAGCAAAAGCGCCAAUAUAUCUUAAACUACCUCGAGACUCAGCUACGCGACUUUAACUUUGCAAACAACGACGACUGGCAAAGCAUCUUUUUCGAUCAAACCCUAUCGCGCCAUAACCUAGUAGAUCAGUCAAUAAGUAUUAAAGGAAGCAUCGAGUUUCGUGUCAAGAAUAUCAGAAAGAGACGGAACAGUUCAGCCAGUUCUGAAGAUGCUAAGCGUACCAAGGUUUCUCAUAUUAGGGAAGGUAGUAGCAGCGGUGGUGACGUUACCCCUGCUUCCGGUGAUAGUCAUAGUUGUCACGCAGCUCAGGCUACUACUAUAAGCAACGGUGCUACUGCUACUACUACUUUUUCUAAUAUGGGAAACAGUGAUACGCUGAGCAGUACUUCUUUUCCUUUUGAAGCUGAUUGGGAGGACGUUGACGAGACGGAAGAGCAGGACAAUGAGGAGGAUUGGGAGGAUGUUGAUGACGCGGAAGAGGAUGUCAACGAGGAAGACUGGGAGGAUGUCGAUAAUGAGACGGAAGAGACGGGCAGUGAAGGACAUCGGCAGCACGAUGAUGGAGUGGUGAAUACCGGAGAGGCUGGGGAGGGCAAUCCUCUUAUCGGUGACUCACAUCCAGAGGACUCUGAGCCCGAGAUGGAUGAGGCUACCAAGAAAUACCGCCAGAAGACUAUCGACAAGCUUCAAGCUGAUCUUGCACAAUAUGAGCUGGACAGGGAAGAGAACGACCAGAUGGCUGAUCAUAUGUACGCUCUUCUGCCUAAGGUUAUUCAGCAGUACAAUGAGCACAGCUAUAAACACCAUCAAGUGUUCCUGUCGAGGGAUGGCGAAACCGACAACAGCCACCUCCCGCUGGAUCUUUACUGGAACCACAUCAAGGUACUAGCUCAACCGGGCGGCUGGAUCAGCGACUCGAUCGUUGAUGUUUUGUUGUCGACAACACCAUCUCCAUCCGGCAACAUGGACUUUAUUUCGCCCGGGAACAAGUUCUAUCAUCAGUUUCUAGGUGAGGCGGGCUCCAAGAAGAUGCUGAAGAAGGCUCUGAAGUCAAAGUCGUUGCCGCCAUCUGGGCCGAAUCUGAAAAAGAACACCGACACCAUGGUCGGGAUCUGGAACCCUACAAACAUGCAUUGGGUCAUGUUUGUCGCUAGCGCAGCAGGCGAGGAGCGAUCAAUAACCCUGUACGAUUCCUGCUCGCAACACAUUCCUACAUGGGACAAGGCGAAAAUGCUUCCGCUCGUCAUGGAACUUAUGGGCCGCUUCCAUCCUGAAUUCAAGGGCGCGUGGCCGAGGGCCAUUCAGGAAGGAAAGACGAUUCGACAAAAGGCAGAUGAUUGUGGUCCCUUCUCCGUCUACGGCGCCCGUUGCAUCCUGGCAGGGAAGAAGAUCGAGGUGCACAAGAAGAGCAAGAUUUUCGGCCGGCAUCUUCGUACGAAGUAUGUGGGCGAAAUCCGAGCUUUGGUUGAGAACGCUCCCUUCGACCAGUACGAUCCAUUCGCCGAUGCCAUCUGGGAUGCUAACCGCGAUGAUGCUGGCGACGAGUCGAGCGAGGACGACAGUUCCAGCAGCGACGAUACGGACGUAGACGUCCCUGGAGAGGACCGCGGCGAUGGUGCGACUUCUGAUGCCGGUCCCGAUGCCGGUUCCAGCGACUCCGACUCCGACUCCGACUCCGACUCCGACUCUGAUGGGAAGCCUGAAGUCAAAGGUACCGCAGCUAGGCACAGGGCGUUCCAAAAGAACGACCAAGACGAUGUAGCUCUACAGGCUCUGUUGAAGAAGGCCACGUACAGAGCACGAGUGAUUAGCAUUCUGGGAUCAAUCGAAUUGUCGUGGCCUGAGCUUGCGGAAAUCCAUCGAGUUCGAUCUCAGACUAUUGAGCGAUACUUCAAUGCCUCUACAAAAGCAGUUCGCAUGCACGACAAGACUCUUCUCAAACAAGGCAUAUACAACAUAAGGAAUGCGAGUCUUCUACUCACGGAAAGAAAUGAGGCAGAUAUCAGAUACUACAGUCGGAACCCUCGGAACACAAGCUACACUCCUGAUGCUCACACUGUGGGAAUUUUCGCCACCCCUCAGCAUGUCAAAGUUGAUGCAGACGACAUUGAUCAUGGCUACGAUCUCGUUGUGAUCUUCACAAGACAGAGUGGAGCAUCCAUGCGCACGAUUGAGCAGGGUCUUGACAAGCACACCAUGCGAGCGAACGAGAUAUACGACGCCUGGCACUCGAUCUUCAAUCGGUUCAACGAUGAGCAUGAACCGGUGGAUCAUAAGGACCAGCUUUCUGAUGAAGGAAACUUCCGCAUGCAUGUCAAUCUCCAGAUUGGCUCUAGCAAUGCACCUCUUCUAGGAGGCGAUUCUCACCCACGCCGUUCCGAAGUAAAGCGUAUGAGGAAGAUAAUCCGCGCCGUUGUUAAACUACGCGACAACCCUAAGGUUUUGCUCCUACAAGCGGGCUUAGAUGCGUCAACCACGGACACGGAUUCAUUCCGCACGCUCAUCAACCAUGCUAAUUUUAAGAAUAUUCGAUUCUUCCUCACGAUGGUGGUUCCCAAUUUCAUAUCGAUUCGCUACCCGCAGGUGUUCUCUUGGAGAUGCGAACUUACAGCCUGGGGACACUGGGACGUGCAAAAACUAGCCGACGUGAAGGAAGACGGUGCCUCAACGCAGCUCGCGCAGGAGCCGAGCUACGCACGCCUCAUUCUGUGGCUGGAUCGGAUAUAUCGCGAGAAGCAACUGACACAGAACAACAACAUGCGGAACACGCCAUUCUCCCACGCCAUGCACAUGACGACCUGUGUAAAACGGAACAAAUUCAAGAUCGACUUCGCGGACGAGAAAGCAUGUGAACAAUGUGAUGCGUCAGAUACACCAGAGUAUUGGGUCAGGGGUACUACAAGCCCUAGUGCCGUUCGCUGCAGCCGAGAAGAUUGCCUUCACGCGAAUAGCGGUUCCAGCGAUGACGAGGACGGAGAUACCAUUGCUGUAGCCCAACCCCCGGCCACCACGAAUAGCGGUUCCACCAAUGACAAAGACGAGGAUACUUUCCGCGGAUCAUCGAGUCCACUUUCCUCGGUUCCCGGCGAUCUAAGGACCCCAUCGGAGGGAUCCCUAUGUGGCUUUGUCCCCAAGGACAACCACUAUGAAGAUUCCGUCAAUGAGUUUAGCUCACCUAACUCAAGCUCCGAGGACGACGAUGAUGGCCCUCCGCUCACUAGGACGGAAACGCGUCGACGUCAGCCGUUAAGAGGCUCUGCUAAACCUGGACCGCGUCUUUGUCAAUACGCUGAACUGUGCGAUCAUCUUGGUCUUCUCACGGGUACCGCAAAGGACAGCCAGCAAGUCUAUGCUGACGGCUUUAUUGACCCACCAUCCGGCAUCUGGGGGCUGGAGAAGUCUCCUGUGCCCUUCCUGCGAGCGCUACUCAUGAAGAUCCGGCGGGAAGGAGAAGGCGUCGAGAAGACCCAUCUGGGUAGGAUGCUAAGCGGAGUUCGGCUGGAGGAGAGCGACUUUGUGGUGGAAGAGUAG